ACCUAUAUUACCAUUCGGUAUAUUUUUUUGUGACUUGGUAGUUAUACCCCCAACCAAAAUGGUGGGGUACCGACAAGAUGCAGCACCUAAGGGUGGUUAUGCAAACAUUCAGUGGGCUAAAGCGUACGUUGCCAAGCCGCUUAACGGUGCCAAGAUUCUGAUUCCAUUUGUGGCUUUGAAAGCUGUUGCCAUGGUUACCUUCAUAAAAUACUACCAGCCUAAGAUGCUGAGGGAAAAGAUUCAAGAGAAUGAUGCCAGACUGAUUCUUUCUGUGCUCUUCCAGGCAGAGAAUGACCGCAGGUUACUGAAGAAUUUCCGGCGUAUGCGGGAUGAGGAAGCAAGACUCUUUGCCAACGAUCCCAACUGGGAGGUUGGCAAGUACAACGGAGAGAAGGCCUACUUGCGGGAUGAUCACAUGUUCACGGCCCUGCAAUCUUAUGAUCUUGACAUCUACAAACCGUUCAGCUUCAUUGAAACUUUUUGUAACUUUUUUAAAAACGAUUAGUUAAAUCAAUUGAUAGUUGUGAUAAUCGUACUUUGAACUCCAUAAAUAGUGUAUUGCACUGCGUUUAAUUAUAUCGUGUGAAUUUAGAUUUGAUGUUAGUUCUAACUUAAACUUGUUAAGUGCUAAAAAAUGUUUGAAAUAAAAGCAAUGUAAGGGUAGCUCCUUUCUGAACACUCAAACACUUCUUAUUUUGGGUAAAAAACAAAUAGAUUUGUGCUUGUGGUAAUUGAUGUGCUUUAUUUAUAUAAUAGGACCCAUUAAAUUACAUAACGUUUAA